GACCGUGUCCUCGGCCAGCCGCGAGCACACUGUCGUAAAGGUUACGCACGACGCUGGGAGCGAGACGUUACAUGCUUGUUGAUAGACGUCAGAUUUAUUUUACCUCGUUGGUUUUAUGCGCGGGACUAUAUCAAUCAUUCUCCAAUGGAUUUGUUUAUAUGUGAAACUUAUUUUUAGCACGGGCAAUUGUGUAGCAUUAGAGAGCUGAACACACAAAAGCAACUCUCGUGGACAUCGUAGGGCCUCGGUGCUUCCCGGCUCGCGUGUGUGUUGUGCGGAUCAUCAUUUUAAAUGUUCUCAAAGGAAAAGAGACUGAAACGGAGAAAAUCUGGUGUGUUUCUUUUUAAAUAAAGGAAUAUGUUUGCUUCUUGGCUGACUUCUGCUCUUCUUCUGGGAACUUUGUGUGCAGGAUGGAGCGGGGCGGAGCGGGACACGCGCGAGUGUCUGUACUACAACCACAACUACCAGGUGGAGAGGACCAACCUCAGUGGCGUGGAGAGCUGCGAGGGGGACCAGGACAAGCGCUCGCACUGCUAUGCCUCCUGGAGGAACAGCUCUGGAACCAUCGAGCUGGUGAAGAAAGGCUGCUGGCUGGAUGACUUCAACUGCUAUGACAGGCAGGAAUGUGUGGCGACAGAAGAAAAUCCCCAGGUGUUCUUCUGUUGCUGUGAGGGCAACCUGUGCAACAAGCACUUCACACACCUGCCUGACAUGAACGGACCAAGUAAGGUGAUCAAGGCCCCGGCACCCAGCGCCCACCUGUACAGCGUGCUGGGGUACUCCCUCCUCCCCAUCACCCUGCUGUCCCUGGCCCUGCUGCUGGCCCUCUGGAUGUACCGCCACCGCAAGCCUCCCUACGGCCACGUCGACGUCAAUGAGGACAAUGGCCUCCCUCCCCCCUCGCCCCUGGUGGGACUCAAGCCGCUGCAGUUGUUGGAGAUCAAAGCUAGGGGGCGCUUCGGCUGUGUGUGGAAGGCCCAAAUGAUGAAUGAAUACGUGGCUGUGAAGGUCUUCCCCAUCCAGGACAAGCAGUCAUGGAGUAACGAGCGUGAUGUGUUCUCCACGCCGGGAAUGAAGCACGACAACCUGCUGCGCUACAUUGGUGCGGAAAAACGAGGAACCAACCUGGAGAUGGAACUGUGGCUCAUCACUGAGUUCCACGAGAGGGGUUCCCUAACAGACUAUCUGAAGGGGAACGUGUUGAGCUGGCCUGAACUGUGCCACAUAGCAGAAACCAUGGCAUGCGGCCUGGCUUAUCUCCAUGAAGACGUCCCUCACUGCAAGGGGGAAGGGCCCAAACCAGCCAUCGCCCACAGGGACUUUAAGAGUAAGAAUGUGAUGCUGAGGACAGACCUAACAGCCAUCAUUGGAGAUUUUGGUCUGGCGGUACGGUUUGAACCAGGCAAGCCUCCAGGAGACACACAUGGCCAGGUGGGGACCCGUCGCUACAUGGCUCCCGAGGUUCUUGAAGGAGCCAUCAACUUCCAGAGGGACGCCUUCCUGAGGAUAGACAUGUACGCACUGGGCCUGGUGCUCUGGGAGCUUGUGUCACGCUGUAAAGCUGCUGACGGUCCUGUGGAUGAGUACAUGUUGCCAUUCGAGGAGGAUAUUGGGCAGCACCCGUCCUUGGAGGAGCUGCAGGAGAUUGUGGUUCACAAGAAGAUGAGGCCUUUCUUCAAAGACUGCUGGCUCAAACACCCUGGUUUGGAGCAGAUGUGUGAGACCAUCGAGGAGUGCUGGGAUCACGACGCUGAGGCCCGUCUCUCUGCAGGCUGUGUGGAGGAGCGCAUCUGUCAGAUCCGCCGUCUGGCUGGCCCCCCUACCUCAGACUGCUUGGUCUCCAUGCUGACCUCCGUCACCAACGUGGACUUGCCCCCCAAAGAGUCCAGUAUCUGAGCCCUAGGGAAGGGGCGUCCCACACCAUGUUCUCGAACCCCCCCCCCCCCCCCUCUUCAGGACCGCCACACACAAGUGAAACAAAUGUGCCCUCCUGUCAAUCUCAGAAACGCCACAUGGAUACAGCUGCUAUUUUAACCAGACAUGUUUUUUUUUAUUAUUUGUAUUGUUAUUAUUAUUGGUUCUGUUAAUGUUACUUUUUUUCUCCAAAUCGGAUCAAGACUACCAGCACAUUUCUGGACUUCUUCUACUGUUUUAUACAAUGACGCGAGGACGUACUACAAAUUAAAACUGACGGGGAGAAGGGCAGCUGACGUCUGUGUGUAUGAGUGCUCAGGUUCAGACUGCUGACUGGUCCAGGACCUCUCACAGUCUCUUGUCUUGUACUCCAUCUCGGCCACAAGACCUCCGCCCAGACAAGCCCGCUUAGCAACCCCACCCCAGCCCUGCAGCCUCUCUGUUGAUCUCAGCCACUAUGCUGCAACCCUGCAGAGGAACUCUUAGACUGUUACACACAACCAAGCUUCCUCAAGGGACUUUUUAACGUUUCUAUGACGUCACGUCCGUCUCCCACAGUGCUACUGACCAUCGGACCAACGGGUGUCUAGAAAACACAGGAAACAGGAAAUGCAACACCACUAUGUUUGGACAGGUUCUUUUGAUGUGUGGAUGCACGGGGACAAGUGGAAAUCGUUCUGGGUCAGAGGGUUGGGGGUCAAAUAUUACAGCUGGUUUCUUCAGGACGUUUGUAACAAAGAAUUGACACGGGAAAAGGAACUACGUCAAGAUCUGUGAUGUCAUCACCUGGUUUGGUACGGAACUGAUUCUCAGGUAACCAGGGUGGAGACACAACUCGACCUCCGCAAUGUUUGGUGAUCUGGACUAUGAUGGGAGGAACUAUGACAUACCACAGAGCUGACUGGGGAAGUAUUCAAAUGUGGGAAGGCCCCAAACAUGUAGAACCAGGAAACAUACAGGUGGAUGGUUGCCAUGGAGAUGCAUACUAUUUCAGGUGUGUGUGAGAGAGAAGGCGGUGGGGGACGAGGCUCAGUAGAUAUCUUGUGAUCCAUCUUGUCAGUUGUGCUCCUUAUUUAAGGGGGUGUUUCCAAGGUAGGGUGGGCUUUACCCUCUGUCGUGAGGGAAUGUGAUUGGUUUAGAGGUGAGGUGGGAGGGUGGGUCAGGUGAACUGGUGACCUUUGAUUGGCUAGUCCCAUCCUUCUGUACCUCUUCUCGACUGGACCAAACGAGCACCCAGAGCAGGUGCUGUUGUCUUGACAACCCUGGUUGAUUUAAUUGAGCGUGAGAAGGGGUUCUCCCUCCUGUUGUCUUAAACUGUGGCAACGCAGGUCUGUAUUUCUGUAUGCCAUAGUGUAACAGUGAAUGUUCAAUAUGCUGCUGCUUCGACUCAAAGAUGAAGAUAUUUCUGUAUGUUCCUUUAAUACACUGUGUUCACACAUGCAACUCGGUAAAGGAAGCAAUGUGUGGACUCGUUCAGGAGUGUUUGCAAGGCUGAGUAGAGACACCCUCUCCAAAGGUGAGAGAGAACAGCGUCAACACGUCAAGAACAUAGACAAGACAACGCAAACACUAAAUUAAAAACAAACAAUAUUGUUCAUCAACCUCAGAACACCUCAGACCAGAGAUACCUCAGACUCUUUUCUGUGUACUUCUGUAAUGUAUUCCGUUAGUUGUGUUAACUUGUAGUAACUAUAUUUUAACGUGAUUUUUUUCUUGCUUUUAUGAUGAAUUGAUUGGUAAGGGAGUUUUUGGGAAAAGUACCAAAUUCCCAACUCUUUAGAAGAAGUGCUACCAUGUUUCCUGCGGUGUGAAGGGGUUUCCUUUGUAAAUAGAUAUACAUAUGGGAUCCUGCCUGUCCAGUCCUUGCACAUUACACAUACUCUGUGUGUGUGCUGGUCUCCUCUCCUCCUGGGAUAGUCGGCCUGCAUAGACUACCCUCUCCCUUCCAGCAUACACUGAAGCCGUCAUAGCACCCGAGUCCUGGUGACCUCUAGACAAUGAAAGAAAAGAGAUAAACCAUGAAGUUAUCAAAACGAAAGCCAAGAGACAUGAGCUGAACCAUUUACUUUUCUUCUAUAAAAAAACUCCAACAUGC